GGAAGUCGCUGUGUCGGACUCUACAAACGGUUCCAGCUGUGCAACACCCAGGUGUGUGGAGUCGGGUAUUCAGACUUCAGGAGGGAGCAGUGUGCCUCCUUCAACAAGACGCCCUUCAACCGUCGCUUCUACACCUGGGAGCCGUACUAUGACACACCUGACUCCUGUGCCCUCAACUGCCGUGCUGUGGGCCUCAGCUUCUAUGCCACACUCAACCAGACUGUGAUUGAUGGCACCCGCUGUGGCUCUUUGGACUCCAACCACAUCUGCGUCGCCGGCAGGUGUAUGAUCCAGUCAAGACAGAGACCAGUCCGGGAGAGUAUAAAUACUACAAUGACGCGGAUAAACAAAAUACCAUCUGGCUUUGUGCAUCAGACGGCGUACCACAGGAGGUCGGUAGGGUGCGACGGUGUGCUGGGGUCUGGACUGCGGUUGGACUCGUGUGGGCACUGCGGUGGGGACAACAGCAGCUGCAGGGUGAUCGCGGGCAUCUUCUCCCGAGCCAAGAUGCCUUAUGGGUAUAACCUGAUCGCCACUCUGCCCCGAGGAGCCGCCAACAUCACCAUCCAACAUGUGAAGCCUUCCACCAACUACCUCGCACUUCGUCACCAGGGCGGAGAAUUCUUCGUGAACGGCAACUGGGCGGUCAAUGCGUCAGGGAACUACCUGUCAGGGGGCACCACCUUCACCUACUUGAGGCCAGAGCGCUACCAGGGAGACAAGGUGACGGCUAUGGGGCCUCUUGACCAGCCUGUAGACGUGAUGCUGUUCUACCAGUCGACCAACCCGGGCAUCAAGUACGAGUACCGGCUGCCCAUGUCAUCACCGUCGUCGUCGUCAAAGCAUGUGUCUGGGGGCGUGGUACCGGGUUCCCCCCAGAGGCCCAGGCGACCCGAUAACCCCCUCAACCCCAACGUCCCUGGAGGACCCGCUUCCAGGACUCCUCCUUCGGGUCCUGUGAAUGACGCCCGCUCCGUCAACGGCAACUCUGUCCUCUCCUCCCAGCGAUGGAAAGAGGAGGAGGAGGAGGAAAGGAAGAAGAAGAGGAAGGAGAGGAGAGGGAAGAAGAACGGGAGGAAGGGUACAGGUGGCGUGAAGAAGAGAAGGACGAGGUAUGAGUGGAAGGUAGUAGGAUUUAGCAGCUGUACGGAGACUUGUGGAGGAGGUUCACAGACGACCCGGGUGGUGUGUGUCAAGAGGAAGCGAGGUAACGAGGUACCCAGCAGCCACUGUAGGGUCCUGCCCAGGCCAGCCGAGGAGACCGUCCGCUGCAACCUACGGCCCUGCCCUGCCACGUGGGUGGCGGAGGAAUGGGGGCCGUGCAGCGUGACGUGUGGGCUGGGCGUGCAGACCCGUGCCCUCACCUGCAAGAUGAGGCUCUCCCCUGACCACUCCGUCGCGCAGCCAGAGGGAGCCUGUCUCACCACCCCAGACAUCCCCAAGGCUCAGGUGUGUGAGUUGGCGGCGUGCGACUCUGCCCCGACAUGGCAGACGGGGGAGUGGGGGCAGUGUUCCGCCCAGUGUGGUCUCGGCACCCGUCACCGCUCCGUCACCUGCAUCACUCCCAUGGGCACCGUCCCAGACCAUCUGUGUGAUGCCCGAGACAAACCCAGCAACCAGGAGCUGUGUGAUAUGGGAUCCUGUGCUACCGACACCUGGUUCUUCUCGGCGUGGGAGGACCGCUGCUCUGAGGAAUGUGGCGACGGUGUGCAGCGGCGUCGUGUGCACUGUUCCGGCGACGCCCUCGACAACCAGGUGACAGAGUCAUCGUGUGACCCCGAGCAGCGCCCCUCCACCACCAGGGCGUGCACCUCCGACCGUAGCUGUGGCGGCAAGUGGUUCACAGGUCCGUGGGGUGAUUGUAACGCCGAGUGUGGGCCGGGGCGACGGUCGAGGUCCGUGGUGUGCGUGGUGUUCCGGGGCCGUUGGCGUGUCACUACGGAUGUGUCUCAGUGUAAGGGCGAUCCACGGCCAGACUCGACUGAGACGUGCACCCGUCCCUGCAGCCACGAAUGGUACACGUCUGAGUGGUCACAGUGCUCGGCGUCCUGUGCCAGCGGCGUCCAGCGGCGGGAGGUGAAGUGCCUGGAUGAGCGUCAGAUGCCGGCACUAGACUGUACUGCUGCCUCCAAACCUGACACCCGCCAGCCCUGCAACACCCAGUCCUGCCACCAGGAACAAGCUGACGAGAGCGUGAAUAACUCCUCCACAAGAAACGACCUGCCACAGCUGCCCUCCGGCCUCCCCCCUGGCGACACCCCCGACCGCAAAUCUUCAGGUAAUGUGGCUCUUGAGGCCGGCUGGCGCCCCCCGCCCCAGUCACUGGAAGCUCCUAGUCCAGACUUCCGGUCUCCUGAUGAUAUUCAGGACUAUGACGAGGGCACAAAUAGGGAUACCGAUUGGGAUUGGGCCUCCAGAGGGGGCGAUGAGGAGGAGGAGGAGGAGACCGAGCAGCCCUCCGACAGGUCUCCGCCUUCCCCAAGCAUCAGGCGGCGGCGACCUGUCACCCCUGGGCGGCCAUGGCGACCCGGGCUGUCCACAGGUUCCUGCAUCGACAGAAUGAAGAAUUGCCACCUGGUGUACAAGGCUCGUCUGUGUCGCCUCAAGUACUACAACAAACUCUGUUGUGACACUUGUACCAAGAACCAGUGAGUUCUUAGUCAUUAUCGUAAGAGAGAGUGAGUGUUACUGCCAAGUGCCAGUGACCACUCUGUUGUGACACUUGCACCAAGAACCAGUGAGUUCUUAAGUCAUUAUACCUCAAGAGAGAGGGAGGGAGUGAGUGGUACGACGAGCGACCUGUGCUGGAGGAACUGUACUGAAGAAGAGGAGAACACUGGUCCUCAGUGCGCUGGUCGAGGAGGUGGGACCAUCAUAUACAGGGUAGACUGUGGUGUCAGCAAGCCCCAAUUUGCUUUCACAGUGAACAAUAUUACCGGAGAUCGAUAAAAUGACUUGCGUAGGGGAGGUAAUGUUCGCCCCGUAUAAGCAAGACGUAGUCACUCCUUGUCGCCCUGCCACUGUCUGGUCCUACCCUCACCUCAGCCUCCGAGUUUGGUAAAGUUUUCCCUGCGGUUGUUUGAUAAGGACUGUGACGUCACAGUUUGGUGCAAGCAGACUGACAUUUCAUUUCUACUCUCAUUUUGUCAUCCGAGCCUGCUUGAACCUUCAUGUUAUAAAAUAUAGACUUAGGUGUAUAACACUGAUGAUAAGAAAGAUGGGAGUAUGAUGAUGGAUAGUCAUGAACUGAAGAAAGAAUCCUUGUAUAUAAGUUUUGCUUAGCAUAAGAGGAAGUUAAAGCACCCAUCUUAACAACCAAUACAGACUUUCUACGUAAAGUAUGUAAAUACUUACACUAUUACUGUAGAGCAGAGUAACAUUGUUCAGCUAUAGUCAGUAGUCAUAGAGAACGGAGCAGAGGUGGCACAGUGCCAGGGGGCACAACUGUAGUUUAUAUCACGCACGUUCUCUGCAUCUUGAAGCACUGCCAGGACUGUUAUUUUAAUUUCACGCUGAAAAGCUGUGUAUUUCAUAGUAAUAAUUAUUCAUAUAUAACGCAUAUAUCAUUAUUUUUAUCUAAAAUUUCAUGAAAACUAAAAAUAUAUUUUUUGUGUUUUCACUAAGAAAAUUUAUCUGGAUCCAUUGUGUGUCAAGGCCGUCAGGUUUACGUAUUUGGAGUGCAGCUGCUGUGUCAGGCUGUCACCCUCAUCUCAAUCUAACAAUUGAUUUCCAUUUGCUUACUUGAUCACAGUAACUUUAAGUAAACUUGCAUUAACUUAAAAUUCAGAUGAAGUAAAUGAAUUCUUCAAAUUAUUGUCAGUUAAAUAUAAUCAAUGAUUUUUUGGAUGAUAAUUUUGUUCAUGUGAUAUAAUUAUGAGGUUUAGGACGUAACCUAACACCAGGUGGGCUUCAACAACCCGUAGGGAAACUAAUGACCUCAAAUAACCUAAAACUCAGUGUAAUAUGCCACAAUUUGAGUUUAUUUAUUAAUCACGUAUGACCUGGAGUACGUGUUGUGUUCACGUUCUCGCCGACAGCUUUUCCGUAUUAAUUUUUAUCUGUCUGUGUAGUAAAAAUUGUCCCACCUUUGUCUACUUGGGAUCAUAUGAACUGACAUUUAGUUUUAAUGAUAUAUCACAUACCAGACAAGGUUGUGUUGUGUGGUGGGUGUGUUGUGUGCUCUAGACAAGACACACCAUGGAGGUAACACUAAUGGGUGUGUUGUGUGCUCUGGACAAGACACACACCCUGAUGGUAACACUAGUGGGUGUGUUGUGUGCUCUGGACAAGACACACACCCUGAUGGUAACACUAGUGGGUGUGUUGUGUGCUCUGGACAAGACACACACCCUGAUGGUAACACUAGUGGGUGUGUUGUGUGCUCUGGACAAGACACACACCCUGAUGGUAACACUAGUGGGUGUGUUGUGUGCUCUGGACAAGACACACACCCUGAUGGUAACACUAGUGGGUGUGUUGUGUGCUCUGGACAAGACACACACCCUGAUGGUAACACUAGUGGGUGUGUUGUGUGCUCUGGACAAGACACACCGUGCAGGGUAAUACAGCAUGACUGUCACUUCCAAGGCUCCUUACUCUGCUCUGUUGUAUGUAACAGAAGAACAUAUUAUGUGUAUAUAUUUUAAACGUAGCUUGGCAUGGUGAAUAUAGACAACAAUGUAAUAGUUUGUAAGACAUGCAAGAAUAAGACUACUUAAAAACAUAUAUAUUAGUGUGAAGGUAAAAAAGUUGCAAGAGGAAGUUUGUUAAAGGCUUACUCACAGGUAACUCACAGGUGACUUAUAAGUGUGAGGAUGAAGUACGUGACCUUAUAAUGCGACACUCACACCUGCCUCAACCACAAGACGUACACACAUCUCUAGCUGGACCUGACACUCUUUUCUGAUAAUUAUUUGCAAACUGCUGAAAUCUCUGAUGUUGCGAGGCGCUCACAUCCACACCUUGAGAGAGAGAUUGGUAUGUACCUGUAUGUCUUUGUCUUUCUCAAAACCUCGGUAUUAAGUGUUUUUUUUCGUAGACGGAAAAAUUACUUGUUCCUUAAUGACUACGGGCAAAAAAAUAUAUGAAUAGUUUGAGAAGGGGUUGUUGGUGGAUAAUAUAUAUAUAUAUUUUUUUCAAAUUAAAGUUAAUUUGAAUUACUCAGAAUGGAUUAAGGUUAUUUUAAAUUUCCAGAAGUAGGUGGUGAGUGUACAGUGUGGCUCUCUCUCCCUUGUGUCAGGGUCUGGCCAUUAGGGUUAAACAGUGUGUAGGGAGUUUGAUAGUUCCUAGGAGUACCGCUUGCUGGAGGGGUGGUCGCACACACACACCUCAGCUGUCUUGUCAGUGAUGUACAGAAUCUUAUAACUCAACUCUUCCUUUCCUGGCGUCUGUAUUUUCAGAUAACUUUCCAAACUGUGUUGAGUCUCAGUCUGGGAGAAUUUGCUAAUUUAUUUACACUUCUAUUAAUUAACUUUGCCUGGUGCGGUAGGAGAGACUUUCAGCUGAAUUAAGCCAUUACCAGAUAAACUGUACUGUGACCAAUGUCUUGUCAUUAUAUUAUACAUUUACGAAUUAAUUUUUCAAGAAUUUUAGAUUUGUUUGUAUCUUAUUACUCAAAACACUGCUGUAAGAUACAGUUGUAGCCACGAGGGUGUGUCGUUAAGGGCUACAGUGUUGUGUCGCAGCUGGCAGAUGAUCGCCCAUGGGAGCUCACUUACCAAAGAUGUUUGUUUCUUUAUUGCCCCGCGAGGAGUCACGUUUUUUGUUUGUGCUGGACCGUUGUGAUGGUGACGCCGGCACUCACCCUCAUACCGAGUGUAAGGUGACGGUGACGCCGGCAUCCUCUCUCAUACUGAGUGUAAGGUGACGGUGACGCCGGCAUCCUCUCCUCAUACUGCCUGUGGUGACUCUCUUGUUUAUUGUACAUAAGAGAAGCCAGACAAGAAGUAUAUAUGGAAGCCUUCAAAAAGUGAACGUGAAAACAUACAAGGUGUUGAACCACCUCUUAAAGAUUUUUCUCAGUCGCCAGAUGUUUGAAUUUCCGUCCAGUUUAGAUGCAAAAUUCAACAUACCGGUGGCCGAGGAACAUACAUUUCACACUGCGUCUCCAAAAGAGAAGAAAAAAUUAUAUUUAUACUUUGGGAAUGAUUUUCGUCUCCAAGACAGCACUGGAAUCAAGGAGAAAGUUUGUACAUGUUUACACUGUUGAUACUAACACUCGACUAUGUUGCUGUGCUUGGGCAGUCUUCCACUUGUACUCCUUCCACUCAGGGUCUCCUCUACUGGGCCCUUCUGCCCUGGUCUUGUCUCGUGCUUGUACUGUCUUCCAGCUGGUUUCAUGAUCAAAUAUCUCCUGUGGGGGGAACAUGGUAUUGGGGUUGGCAGCAUGGUUAUUGUCCAACUCGAUAUCCCAGGUUAAGAGACUAAGAGGCUGGCUGGAGUGUGAGUUAACGAUAGGUCUCGGAUACCUAGGGCCUCAGACUCUUCAGCCACUCAUCCUGGGGUACACCGCCUUACACUGGUGGAAAACGGCAUUCGGUGGAUAUAUAUUUUGAUAUAUCACAGUUCUCCUCAUAAUCUUGCUCUCUUUCGCCUUUUCUUGUUUUUAUCUUCUCUGUUUCUGGAUUACAUGUGAUGAAUUUUAGAGUAAUUAUAUGGGCUACUACUGUAAAUAUUGCUGUAUAAUAAAUGUGUAUACAAA